AUGAAGGUCUACGAAUAUGAUAAUACUAUGGCAGAUCAGCGAGAAGACCAUGAUUCAGGUGUAGCCGUCUCAACGGCCGAGCUGGAGAAAAUUGGUGUCAUCUAUCACCACUUCGAUUCGGUCGAAGACGUGAACUCUUUGGCGUCUGAGAGAAGUUACAAGAACCGCGAUGAGAUUGUCGUUUCGCCAAGUGCGAUGGGUGAUGUGUACGAGGCAAAAGUAAAGACCUUCUUCAAUGAGCACCUGCACGAAGACGAGGAAAUUCGUUACGUCCUGGACGGCACCGGCUUUUUCGAUGUCAGGUCGAAGGAUGACCGCUGGAUCCGUAUCAGAGUAGAGAAAGGGGAUUUGAUCAUUUUACCAGCGGGUAUUUAUCAUAGGUUCACCACCGACAGCCAGAACUAUAUCAAAGCAAUGCGUUUAUUUAAGGACGAACCCAAGUGGAUUGCGUUGAAUCGUGAUGCGGAACUGGACGAGAACUGCUUCAGAAAGUCAUACGUCCAGUCUUUGGUUGCGGCUACAAGUUAG